AUGGCGGUGAAGAUACGAUUCGCAAGGCUCGGGUGCAAACACAGGCCGUUCUACAGGAUUGUAGUUGCUGACAGCGAAUCCCGCAGAGAUGGCAAGUUCAUUCAAGUCGUUGGGUUCUACGACCCCUUGGCAGCAAAAGAAGACACGAAGAAGAUGAGCCUCAAUUACGACAGGGCGAAGUACUGGCUAUCGGUCGGUGCACAGCCUUCAGACCCGGUUCGUCGCAUCCUUAUGCAGGCUGGUUUGAUCGAGCCACCACCGAUGGUGGUAAUGGCACGCAAGGGCGGCGAGAGUGGCAGCAAUGAUGAUCAAGCAUGA